AUGAAUCAGGGAACUUACAAACAAUACACAUUUGAUGGCACAUUUUUAAGAAGAAGGGGUAAAAUAGUAAUUGGAUCAGAUCCAACUUUCAGGAAGAAAAUCCUUCAACACUAUCAUAAUUCUCCAACUGGUGGACAUUCAGUAUGUGAUAGGUACACUAAGUAUGCUCAUUUUCUGCCUCUGGCACAUCCAUUUGGAGCAGCAAAAGUGGGGCAGAUAUUCCUAGAUUAUGUGGAUAAAUUGCACAGUUGGCCUACUAAAAUUAUCUCUGAUAGAGACAGUGUUUUCAUGAGUAAUAUUUGGACAGAAUUGAUGCAACAGCAUGAGUGGACUGAGCACUUAUCUUCAGCUGAAUAUUGGUAUAACACCAAAUUUCAUACAGCCAUAAACCUGACAUCUUUUGAGGCCCUAUAUGGUUAUCUUCCACCAAUGCCAAAUCUUGCAAUUCAAGGUGAAUCACUGGUAGAAGCUGUGGCUUAUACAGUCUGA